AUGGCUGCGCGAAAUCGGUUAUAUAUUCCCAACCUUGAAGAAUUCUUUCGCGAUUUUCUUCAGCUAAUCCGACAAUGUAAUAACUGUAUACAGGAAAAUAGUAACGGUGGAUUGGCAUUAUUUCUUGGUAGGUGCCUAGAGGAAUAUCAACGUUCGCUGCACGUGAUGUACAGCAGACUCCGGGAUUAUCGCAACAACACACCUGAUCUUCUGAAUGACUUCGAACAAAUACUGGACGUUGUUAGUCGUAUUAAAGGGAACUUGGAAUUACUUUAUAGCGAUGAUUUUGGCGAGGAGUUUCCAGCGAAUAAUGCACUUUGUAUGACGGUAAAUAAUGGCCUUGUUGGAGAACCUCGCUAUGAACUCACGCAAGAUCAGAUACAAAUUUUAAGAGGCGAGUUGGGAUUUAGAUGGGUAGACAUUGCUGCAAUAUUGGGAAUAUCGUCCAGAACCCUGAACCAUCGUCGUCACAAAUUUGGUAUGUCAGUCGGACAAGAUUACAACUUCUCAAAUAUAAGUACUGAAGAACUCAACAGGGUUGUUAGUGAAAUAUUAAUAUUGACACCACAAUCAGGCCUUAGCCUUGUCAGAGGCGCAUUGAGGUCUUGA